AUGAAAGCUAAAGAAGAAGACGUUCAUAAAAUGCAAAUUCAACAGCUUAAUUCAAUAAAUAUUUGGGAAACUGAUUUCUCAACUGUUCCAACUUGGCAAGAUGCCCCUAAUGUUGAAUACUUUUUUAACCCAAAAUCUCCUAACAGCAACAUAUUUAUUGAAGAGAAUCAGGAUUAUCACAAUGAUUUCCUUCAGGAUUCCCUUGAGAAUAAAAGAAAUUUCAUACUAGAAAACCAUGUAACAGAAGAGAUACUAUCUCCUUUAGAAUUUCCAAUUAAGCUUUCUAAUGUAGAAACAUCAACUGAAGAUUUUAACGACAGUGAUGCUGAAGAAUUUCCAGAGAAUGAGUUAUUAAAUGGGUUAUCAGCAGCUAAGGAAAGAAUUGAACAAAUGAUCUUUAAUAUUGAUUCGCAAGUGUUGAAUAAGGGAGCAUAUACUCAUAUCCAAAGGGAAGUUUUUGAUCCAUCGAUUUUGUGCCUAUUAGAAUGUAUUGAAUCGUUCAAUCGUGGAACAAGUCUUCCCUCGGUGGAAGAUACAACGCGACGCCCUUUGAAUGAUAAUGACGUUUUACCAGAUGAAGAUCCAUGCGCCAAUUUACCUAAUUAUGGAGUGAUUUUAAUCAAAUCACCUUCGUCUGCGUCGCAAUUAUGGGACGAAUAUGUUAAAAUACCCAGUGAACUUGCAGUAAAUGAUGUUGUGGCAUGUAUUCUCAAUUUGAAGAAAGAAAUAGCUGUGAAUUCCAAUGAUUCAACAAUGUUGAAUUUGGAAUUAAUUAUGAAAAGGAAGAGUUCAAUAAAGAUGCUAGAGGAACGUUUGGGAUCAUCAUGGAGGAAUAAAGACAAAAAUUUCUCGAGGCAGAUAAACCGAAGAAAGAAAAUUUGGAAAUCAAUUGAAGAAGGCCUAAGAGACGGAGUUCCAUUACAUGACUGUUUUGAUAUUCUAGAUAGGUAUGUUCAAAAGAGUCAUAAAGGAUUGAGCUUAUAUUACAACGGAGUACCUUUCAGAAUCAAGGAUCUUCAGAAUGAAUUUCUUUUCUAG